AUGUCAGAUUAUGCAAAUGAUCCAUAUUUUGGCAUUGAUCAGAUGCUGAACAAUGAAAACAGUAUGGGACAAAGUCAAGCAAACCACCAAGAAGGGACUGAACUGAAUGACAGCAACAGCAAUCAGCAUGAGGGUUCAUGUCAGGGACCAACAACAAGAAAACAACUGACUACUCAGCAAAAAAGGGAGCUGGUAGAUGGUUUUCUACUUAAGUUAGAGGGGGUGGGAGUUGCCCAGAGAGGCAAUGUCAUAGAUGUGAGAAGCAAGAAACUAGGCAAAACAGGACCCAAACCCAGAGAGUACACUGAUGAGUUCCUACAGUCAGCACCAUUGAAUAAGAGGACAACAGAGAGAAGCUAUGCAUGUGCUCUCAAGAUCUCACAUUCAGCCAUCCAUAAGCUAAAGAAACAAGGAAUAUUGAGAACACAUACAGCAACAAAUCACCCAGCAUUGACAUCCAAUCACAAAAUAGCAAGAAUGAAAUGGGUGUUAACUCAUUUACUGCCAGCCACUCAGAAUGGGGAUUGCAAAUUUGUGGACAUGCAACAAGUUAUCCAUGUAGAUGAAAAAUGGUUCUACUUGAACCCAGAAACAAGGAGGUUCUACCUUCUACCAAAUGAGGCAAACCCAUACAUGUGCCAACAGUCCAAGAGGUUCAAAGUUAAAGGUAUGUUCAUGGCAGCAAUUGGCAAACCCAUAUUUGGUCCUGAUGGAGCAUUACAAAGAAAAAAAAGCAAAAACAGGGAUGCUGGUGCUGUGGAAAUCAAGGCAACACAGAAUGUCAACAAAGAAGCCAUAAGAGCAAUGCUAAUCAACAAUGUCAUUCCAUCAAUCAAAGCUAAAUGGCCUGCCCAUCUACCCAAGGACAUAUUUAUUCAGUGGGAUAAUGCCAGACCUCAUCAAAUUCCUAGGGAUGAGGAAUUUGAAACAGUUUGUCACUCUGAGGGAUUCAACAUUCAAUUCAUUUACCAACCAGCUCAGUCCCCAGAUUUAAAUGUGUUGGAUCUAGGGCUAUUUAAUGUAAUCCAAUCAAUACAAUACCAAUCCUUCCCAAAAAACCUAAAGGAACUCAUUGAAAGAGUGACAGAGGCUUAUCAGAUGUUCAACCUAGAGUUGAACAAGCAAAUUUGGAUAAGUCUACAAUGUUUUAUGGAAGAAAUUCUGAUAAACCAAGGAGGGAAUAACUUUAUCCCUCCCCACAAAGGCAAAAAAAGGCUUGAGAGGAUGGGGAUGCUGCCAGAGCAACUGGAGGUGGACAAGAAUGUGGUGCAACAGGCUGUUAAUUACCUCAACAGCAUUUUCAUACCAGUUCACCAAGGCCAAGGUAUUGAAGAAGAUGAAGCUAUGCAAGUAGAUGCUGAUUGA